AUGGCGGCAACCAAUACACCAGCAGAUGCUCCAAGCUAUUCGAUGACUUCAUUAUACGUUGGGGAUCUUCAUCCUGAUGUCACCGAGGCUAUGUUAUUCGAUAAAUUUGCAAGUGCUGGACCAAUUCUAUCAGUUAGUGUCUGUCGAGAUAUGAUUACUCGACGAUCACUUGGCUAUGCUUAUGUCAAUUUUCAAGAAGCAGUUGAUGCGAAACUUGCAUUGGAUACGAUGAACUUCGAUCUACUUUGCGGUCGCCCAUUACGCAUAAUGUGGCAUCAACGUGGUCCAACUUUAGGUAAAUCUGAUGUUGGCAAACUAUUCAUCGAAAAUUGGGAUAAAAGCAUUGAUAAUAAAUCACUCUAUGAUAUAUUUUCGGAUUUUGGCAAUAUUUUAUCUUGCAACAUCACGACUGAUGAAAGUGAUGAAUCAAAAUGUGUUGGUUUCGUUCAUUUCGAAACACAAGAAGCAGCCGAUAUUGCUAUUGAUAAAGUGAAUGGUAUGUUACUUGCUGAUAAAAAAGUAUUCGUUGGUCGAUUUUCCUCUCGCAAUCAACGAACUGACCCCAGUGGGCCACGUAAAUUUACAAAUAUUUUUGUAAAGAAUUUCGGUGAUCAAUUAGAUGAAGAAAAAUUUCGUGAGUUGUUUUCCAAAUAUGGUAAAAUUACAAAUUUGCAGCUUGCUACUGAUGAUAGUGAUCAUUCCAAAGGUUUUUGUUUUUGCAGUUUCGAUACUCCUGAAGAAGCCAAAGAAGCUGUUGAAAAUUUAAAUGGUUUUACUGUAGGUGAUAAACAACUUUAUGUUGGCCGUUGUGAAAAGAAAAAUGAACGUUUAUCUGAAAUAAAACGUCAAAAAGAAUUACAACGACAAGAACGCUUGAAUAAAUAUCAAGACGUUAACUUAUAUAUUAAAAAUUUGGAUGAUACUAUUGGUGUUGAACGUUUAAGGAAAGAAUUCUCAAAAUUUGGAACAAUUACCAGGGUCAAGAUUAUGUCAGAAAAUGGUCGACCAAAAGGUUUUGGUUUCGUAUGCUUUAGUGCACCCGAUGAAACAACAAAAGCCAUCAAAGAAAUGAAUGGUAGAAUGAUUGGCUCUAAGCCACUCUAUGUUGAAUUAGCACAACGUAAAGAAGAACGUAGUAUGCAAGGUAUGACCACAUCAUGUAUACUACAACAUAUGCCAAUAACUCCUGCUGCUCUGGCUAAUGCAACACCACAAGAACAAAAACAAAUGUUAGGCGAACGUUUGUUCCCAUUGAUUCAAAUAAUGCAACCUGAAUUAGCUGGUAAAAUAACUGGUAUGCUUCUCGAAAUUGAUAAUACAGAACUCCUUCAUAUGCUUGAAUCACGUGAAUCACUGAAAGCUAAGGUUGAAGAAGCUAUCGCCGUACUUCAAGCUCAUCAAGCCAAACAAUGCUUUGCAGCUAAACUAGCCGUAAAUAACUCAGCUGCCUCAUAA